GUAUCUCUGACAGUGGCUUGAACAGAAAGCACACACCUCUUCAACCACAUGAUGCAGAAUGCAUGCUGCACAAGGCACAAUCCAUCAUAAACGGGUCCAGAAAGUACCGUCCAGCACAUCUCACUGAGAUGCUUCACCUUCAUCUUUUGAUAAGGUAAUAAACUUCAUUAUUAGGAAUACUGAAAACAUUUUUAUUCCUGACAGAAGGGACAGUCUGUCUAAUAGUUCCAUGUCUUUUAAUCAAAAUACUUACCUCGCUUGUCUGUUAAGAGUGCCGUAGCAUUAAAAAUUGACUCCAACCUUCUGUGCUGUCACUUUUCACUACAAAAUGUGAAGAUCACAGGAGGAAAUAGGCUGGCUCUGAAUGUGGCCUGAAAAGAAAGCAUUUUCUUCCAAUAGUUUUAUCUUGGUGAGACUUUUUAGACUGUGUUUGACAUUCUGAAUUACAUGAUUAUGUAGGAUAAGACUCCAGCAACAUUUUGCAUUGUGAAGAUGGAGAUGCUCAGCAUUUUGCCAGAUGCCAAGUGAUACUCUGAUAUUUCUAUCUUCUCUUUAAACUGAAUGACAGUCAGCAUAUUCACAAUGAAGCUGAGACAAUCUGCUAUCAAGUUACAGUGGUGAUGUUUUCCCCGAUGAAGAUCCCACAGCUUGUUGGAAUAAAGCUCCUUAAAACUCAGUGCCUGGAAUAGCUCCAGCUCCAAUUGCUCUCUGUGUAAUACAGUUUUAUAUUUGUGCCAGUCUAAUAAGUAGAUCACUGGGUAGAGGCUCUUGUAAGUAAGUCUAUACAUACUGCACCAUUUCCUGGCUCAGUGUGCUCCGGCGUUGCAGGCUGUGUGCAGUGGGGGAGGUGCCAGAGCUGAUCAAGCAGUGUAAUUUUAUACAUUACUGAAUCAGUGCAGGAGAAACCUGGAGGGACAAAGCAUCAUCUUCUCUUUGGACUGCACUGUAAAAUCCUACAGCUCUCUUAUCCCAGCCAUGCUCUGAUACAUUUUUUCUCUCCUUCUUCUGAUUUUGGUGUGAAUGAUAAGUGAUCUGAUGAUGGCUCUCGUUAUGGAACCUAUUAGCAAGUGGAUGCCCAAGCAAGUAGUGGAAUGGAUGAAAGGCCUUGAUGAUUGCCUCCAACAAUACAUAAAAAAUUUUGAAAGAGAAAAGAUCAAUGGUGAACAGCUGUUACACAUCACUCAUCAAGAGCUUGAGGAACUGGGAGUUACUCGCAUUGGCCACCAAGAACUGAUACUGGAAGCAGUAGAUCUGCUAUGUGCGUUGAACUAUGGUUUGGAGACCGAAAACCUGAGGACUCUGUCUCACAAGCUGAAUGCCUCGGCCAAAAAUCUUCAGAAUUUUAUAACGGGUAGAAGGAGGAGUGGCCAUUAUGAUGGCAGGGCCUCCAGACGACUGCCAAAUGAUUUUCUUACCUCUGUAGUUGACCUGAUUGGUGCUGCCAAGAACUUACUAGCCUGGCUGGACAGGUCUCCAUUUGUCAGUGUGACAGAAUAUUCACUGCUGAAAAACAACAUUGUUCAACUGUGCCUGGAACUAACAACCAUUGUACAACAGGAUUGUACAGUGUAUGAAACAGAAAACAAAAUUCUUCACGUGUGUAAAACCUUGUCUGGAAUUUGUGACCACAUCAUUUCACUCUCAUCUGAUUCUCUGGUGUCACAGUCAGCACAUCUAGAGGUAGUUCAUCUCACCAGCAUCAUGCCUAGUGAAGGUUUGGGGAUGUAUAUCAAAUCAACAUAUGAUGGGCUGCAUGUAAUCACAGGAACAACUGAAAAUUCACCUGCAGAUCGGUGCAAGAAAAUCCAUGCUGGGGAUGAAGUGAUUCAAGUCAACCACCAAACUGUGGUUGGCUGGCAAUUAAAGAACCUGGUAAAUGCAUUGCGGGAAGACCCAAAUGGUGUGAUUUUAACCUUGAAAAAACGUCCUCAGAAUACCCUGGUUUCUGCUCCUGCCCUUUUGAAGAAUGUCAGGUGGAAACCUCUUGCGCUUCAGCCUGUAAUUCCAACCAGCCCAACAAGCAGUUCCACAACACCAACAAGUACAAUGGGCAUGUCCUCCAAAAUGGAAAACUCAGCCCUCCAGGAUGUUUACAUUCUUUCUCCCAUGUCAGGACUUUAUGGCCCCAGGGAUGAAAUUGGCAUCAUGUCUUGUGAUGACAUCAGCAAGUUUGGAAAGUCUGGAAUGAAAGGCUCUGAGUCUCCAAGUUAUUUUCUUGAGCAUGAAAGUGGUAAAUACUACACGUUAAUUGAAGGUGAAGGCCACCCUGCAGGCUCUGACUAUGAGAGAAGCAGAGCUGCAGGGGUGCGGAGAAGAGAAAAAACACCCACUCACGAAAAUUCACUUCUGCGGUACCUGAGUGAUGAUAAGAUAUUGGUAAUCCAAGAAGAACCUUUGACACAGAAAGACAGCAAAAGGGACACAGGUCGUAGGUCAAGAAAAAAAGGCAAAAGCGCAAGCAGUCCAAACUACCCUAUCAGUCCUUCUGUGUUGACAUCUACCAUUAACGUUAGGCUUGAACCUGGACAGCAAGAUAUCUUGAAUUUCGCACUAGCAGAAAACAAUACAGUUCCACUUUACCAUUCAUUCCAUUACGCUUCUCUCAGGGUAAAAUCCAGGAAAUGGUCAAAAGGUAAUUUCUUCAAUGGGAGCAGAAGACGAAUUUCCUGCAAAGACUUGGGGCAUGGAGAUUGUGAAGGCUGGCUGUGGAAGAAAAAGGAUGCCAAAGGUUACUUCACACAGAAAUGGAAAAAGUACUGGUUUAUUUUGAAGGAUUCUUCCUUGUACUGGUACACAAACCAGAAUGAUGAAAAAGCGGAAGGAUUCAUUAGCUUGCCUGAGUUCAGGAUAGACAGAGCAAUUGAAUGCAGAAAAAAACAUGCCUUCAAAGCAUGUCACCCCAAAAUAAAGAGCUUCUACUUUGCAACAGACUGCCUUGAAGAAAUGAAUAGGUGGAUGAAUCGUCUGGGUCUCGCAGCAAUUGGUUACACACCCGAUGACAAGGAUAUCCAUCCUGAUGAAGCAGAUUACUGGAGUGAAAGUGACCAGGAUGAUGUUGACGGCUCUUUAACCCUGAAGCAGGAAGGCUCCUCAACACUGUGUGACACCUAUCACCGAACACCUUCAGUGACUUCAUCAAGUCCAUUCCCUGAAGCCAAACAUGGACGCCACUUUUCAAGUGAAUCAACAUACUCCCAUUCUUCUGCUGAAGAUUCUCGACAAGAUGUAGCAGGAAGCACACACUCUUCAGGAUGCAGACCGCCCUACCGAGAAAGACGCUCGUGGCAGGAUCUGAUAGAGACUCCAUUAACCAGUUCAGGGCUCCAUUUUCUCCAAACUGUUCCUCCUGAUCCAGAAUAUGUGAGUGGUCAGCCUGGAAUGUCACCAGAAAGACGAAGACAAGCAACAUUGCCAGUACAAAGACGUCAUAACUAUGAACAGGAUGGGCCUUUCCCUUUAGUGGAAUGUCAGAGAGGACAUAGCUCUCAUAACAGGCCACAGAAGCAACGCAGUCAAAGUCUUCCACGAAAUAGAGAUGUCAGGGUUAAGGGACGAGUGAAGUCCAUAGAAGGAACAGAGGAAAUCUUAGAAGAGAAAAUUCCUAUUAGAAGGCAUAAUAGUUUUUGUGCAGAAGAAAGCAUAAAAGAAACUGAAGAAAACUUAGAUGGUCUGCAAGAGCUUUAUAAAUCUCUGGAACAAGCUAGUUUGUCAGCUUUUGGAGAACAGCGCCCUUCCACCAAGCAGGAGUUCCGCAAGUCUUUUGUAAAGCGAUGUAAUGAUCCAGUUAUCAAUGAAAAGCUUCACCACAUCAGAGCACUCAAGAGCACUUUAAAAGCGAAGGAAGGGGACCUCACUGUUAUCAACAGCCUUCUGGAUGAUCCCAACUUAACAUCAAAGAAGUUUAAAGAUUGGAAACUAAAGAACUAUGAGUUUUUCCUGGACAUUUGUGAGUACAGUGCUGCUCUGAAAUCUCAAAAUGGAGCCUCUGAACUUGCAACCUCAGCACCAAUGCUGACACAUACACAUUCAUUCAUUGAAACUCAUGUCUGACAGGACUUGUAUCAUGAAUAAUUGCUGGGUGCCAUGAAAAAUCAGUAAGACAAACACUGUAAUAUUUAUAAAUAAUGUGCUCAGCAGUACUGUAAAUAAGUUGGAUAAGAGAAUAGUGCCACAGGAUGCCUACUACAUUGCAUGAUAAGACAAUAAUAUUCUUUGUUAUUUUUUUUUUGUUUGCUAUUAUCGACCGAUGUCCGUAUAAAGCUCUGCAUUAGAAAGAAGCCGUGCAGAAGUGUAACUGAAAACAAACACCGGUAUAUUUAAAGUACUGUACUAAAACCAAGCUUCUAGUAUGAGCUCCUGCAAUCAUUUUAUAUAUUUAGAUAUAUUUGAAUAUAUCUAUGUAUAUAAAACGUAACACAAUAUGUUAAUAUUUACUUUUUAAAUGCUCUACAGUUCACAUUUUCAUGUUUUUUUCUUGAGAAAAAUAUAAAAUGAAAACAUAAAACAUUGGACACUCUUAGAGAUGAACAAUUAUUUUUACUACAUUUCCAAGUAGUGACCAUCUUUGCAAAUAAAAGGACAGAUUUAUCAAAAUGUAAACUCAAUCCCUAUAGUGUGCCUUAAAAUGUACACUGUACAUCUAGCAAAUAGAUCCCAAUCUGGCCCUAUGGGCAUACAGUUUAUGCCAUUUAGAUACUAUGUUUGUAAAAUACUGUGCCUGCCUUUAAAGUGAAUGAAUAUAAGUGUGUAGGUGUGGCACAGAAGUGAAGAUAUGAGUAGAACAAUAUUGGUUGUUCACUAAUGCUGCAACUUAACGCUGCUUUUAACAUAAUUUGAAAUAUUUCAUGGUGAAAGAAAAACGUCUGCACUGAAUACGGCACAUUCUGCAGGUUUUCAUGGUUUCUUCACUGUGAAUUUAAGUGACGCAUGUCUGUGAGUCACACAAUUCAAAAAAGCUCUGAUGCUUCAAGGAUAAGUAUUAAGUAGAAAAAAAAUCUAAUCCAAUUCUGUAAUAGACCGGCAUCCUGAAGUGAGUAAAUGAUUAAAAACCAUAAGAUGUCUGGCAAUAAUUUUUAACUGUUAGUAGUACAUCAGCAAGUGGGUGAAGUUAUUCAUGACAUCACUUGAAGAAAACCAGUCCGUACUGAUUGGUUUUGAAAAGACACACAGGUCACAUCAUGUUUUUCACUUCCUUGCUUGGAUUGGAAUGAAUCAGAGUUUGGAGAAAAUACCUGCAUUCUUGAAAAAAAGAUUGCUCUGAAUGUUACUGAACAUAAGUUUCCAGCACAGGUUCAUAGUUUUCUUCAACUACACUUGCUAGAAUAUUUCUAGAACACAGAACAAAGGAGGUGUGAAUUCAGUUGAUGCCAUUUUACUUAAACAGAGAUAUUCACUGAUAAUUUGCUACUAUGUAAACUUAACUGUCUCUCAUAUACCGAGAACUGUAAAAUUCAUAGAAUUCAAUAUAAUAUGGGGGGAAAAAAAAAUGUUAUCUCAAAGAGGUUCUAAUUUCCAGAAAGAGACUGAAGUAUUCACAAAGCCAGGACUGGGUAGAGGUAUUCUGUUUGUUUAGGACAGUGUUCAUCAUGCAGCUGUGGCAAGUUAACAGGACACAGGGAGAUAAGCUCAUCGGUCAAAAUAAAGACAGAAAGAUCAUUUAGCAAUUAUAGACUCAGCUUGUGGAAAACUACUUAAAUUACCUGUUCAUUAAAAAUAGAGCGAGACAAUGAGCAACAAAGACAAAAUUGAAACCACACUGUCCCCCUUCUACCCAGGCUCAACUUCAUUCCUUUCCUGGCUCUUCUAUUUCCUCCCACUCUUCUCACCAUGAUGAUGGGGAAUGGAAGGCUGUGGUCAGUCUGUAACACUCCAUCUCUCCACUCCUGCCUCAUACUAUAUUCCUCUGCUCCAGCAUGAUGCCACUCCUACAGAUACAGUCCUUGAUCAGCUUCCAGUAUGGAUCCUUCCCACAGGCUGCAGUUCUUCCAGUACUACUCCCAGAUGAGCCCAAUCUGUGGGAUGCAGUCCUUCAAGAGCACACUGCUCCUGCUUGUUUCCUCCAGGCUCCUUCGUGGGUUCCCCACAGGCUGCAGCCUCCAUCAGGGCACAUCCAUCCACUGCUCCCAGUGCUCCCCAACAGGAUGCAGAGGAAUCUUUGCUCUUGUGCCUGAGAACAUCCCCCCAACUUUUCCUCCUCUUUUCUUGUUAUCUGCAAAUUUGUCUCUUUGAUUUUUCUCACUCCCUUGCAAAUAGUGCACAAUAUUUUUUGUCCUGUCUUAAAUAUGUCAUCUGCUUUGCUGAUGGUUGAGCUCUGACCAGUGGUAGGGCCAUUCUGGAGUUGGCCAGAAGGGCUCUGUCCGACAUGCAGUGGGAUAGCACAUGCAACAUGAAGGGAUAUUUGACAUGCUUUAGCAAGUGAACUAUAGACUUGAGAGUCACUGAAGACAAUGGCUCCUUCCAUGCAUGCAUCAGAGCGGAGCAGGAUCACAUCAUACAUAUCCUACUGAAUAUUAAGCAUACACUGAGGGCUUUAACACCUAAAAAACAUACAGGAAAUAGAGAACAACAAUUUGUCAUAAAAAUUGGAGUUGCAGUAUUGAUGUAAAACUCUGUUUAAACAUAUUUACAGUGUGAGCACUAUAGUUACUGAACAACUGAACAGCAAAAGCAUCAAUAGAGGGAAUUAGUCUAACUGAACAAGAGCAAUAAGGACAUUGUAUCCAAAACCCAUGUACCAAAUCCAAAUAAGUCAGUUUCUCCUGAACCAAAAGGUUCUCUAACUCUGUACAAUGCAGCUGAAAUUAAGGCAGCUGUAAUUACAUAAUGUUUAAGUUAGGAAAAAAGAAAGUCUGCUGUUGAGUUCUUCAAGGGAAAUAAACAGUAUCAGUAGUUACUUAUGACAGUACUACAGUAUCACAGUACAUUUAUUAGCAUAAUAGAUUUUCUUCCUGCCAUCUUAGUGUCUUUGUUUCCCCUUCUUUUGAAUAUACUGUUCUGUAUCCACUGAGUUCUUUGUUUGUUGAAAACCAUCCUAGAUGCCAGUUCAGUAGCACUUCCUGGGAAUACUGGAGCUUUUUUCUUGUUUUCAUAGAUUUUAGGCAACAGCUUUCCUGAAUUUAGGCUUGUUAAUGUCAACAAGAUGUAACCAAAGGAGGAAGAGGUUCUCAUCAGUUUGUGUCCCCAAGUUCUUUGACAGAAAUAAAGUUGGGAAAAUACUGGCUUUGUACUCGAAGGCAGAACAGGUAGGAUUCUGUUUGUCAUCACCGAAAUCAAUCUGUGUUGUAUUGUGCCAGGAAUCUGUAUCCUCCACAAAAGAGCCGGUUGCUUUACUUCACUGCAAAACCCACCUGACUGCAUUUUCUGCUUUCUGCUCUGCAUUAGAUUUUAGUGUCAUGGGCAAUUCCUUACCAGACAUCAUUUCCUCAACCUGCCCCUCUGCUGCCAUCUGUCACACAGCAGCAAAAUGUAACAGAAUAUUGGUGGGACGGUUCAACUUCUCCUGCCAUCCCACCAACAUCCACCUCUGACAUCAUGGGCCAGCAUAAUAAAAUGGGAGGCAUUACUUUCGGAGCAGCCCUUGUACUAACGCCUUUUUGUCUGUAGGGUAAAUCCGUAGAAGACUGCACAUACCACAGGCCUUAGACCACUGAGCUUAAGAUCUCCUUUGAGAUAAUAAGCACUCUUCCCUAUUGCCAAAUGAUGUUUAUUAAUAAUUAUUUAUAAGAAUCUUUAAUAACGUGACAGACGCAAGAAGCAAAUAUUAUCUAAUUAAUUUCUACUAAGUAACAACAAGUUCCUUCUUUCCUUCUAGAAGGUUUCCCUCAUUAAAGCUAAGGUUCAGAGCAGCUUUGUCAGGCAGGCCCCUCUUGGGACAGGUUCUCCCGUCUCCUGUUUACAGUGAAUGGCUGUGGCUCUCAGUGCUUGUUAACACACUGGAAAUCAAACCUGAGACAUAUUGCCAGCUAAUGAAUGGAGAAUACACUGUUGUUUCAAACGAGAACAAGUAAGUUGUAUUGUCUUAGCUGAUUUUAAAAUAUUUUUUUAUUCCUAUUACAUAUGAGCAUAGUAUUUUAUCUCUGAGCAGUUCCAUUCUCUGUGUCUAGGCAGGUGACUAUUCUUGGUAUUGCACUUGAUAUCGUACAUGAAAAACCAUUUGUUUAAGAUUAAUUUCUAUGCUUAUGCCAUGCUUGCAUACUUAGCCUGAGGUCUAUAAAGAAUAUUGUUUAAGCUUUUAGCAGACUUUCAGCUUUGGGGGCUGUUUGUGUUGAGACAGCUGAUGUUGUACUGGGACCCAGUGGUCAGGAAAGGAGAAACAAUUCUCUGGGAGAUACUGCACACCGUUAUCUUUAGAACCACAUUCAUUCUUACUGCAGACAAACACAAUGUGUUUAUUUGUGUCACAUGCAUACAAGGGUUGAUGUGACAGCCAGGGACUCUGCUGUGUGCAUUAAUGCCGCUGCACGAGCAGCGUUUGAAAGAAAGCAAUGCUGAAGAAAUUAAAAAACAUGUCAACAAAUUGCUGUUUGACCUGAAAGGUCCACUGACUUCUGUCCUCACAUUUCUAGAAUAUGACUCAUUCUCAGGCACUGGUGAGGGUAUCAAUACAGAUCUUUUUACUGACUGUAAAUGUAUCUGUCUGAAUGCUGCAGUUUCAAUAAGGAUGCCACAUUAUACAUAUUAGCUCUAUGGCUUUGUUUUUUUCCACUGGCAACCACGAAGCAAAUGUCUUAACAAAACUUGUUCGCUGGCCAAAAUAACAGCAAAGGCCUCAUUACCAGUUAAGACUUUUGUUUUACUGAGAAACAAGGUUUUCAACUUACAAAUCUGAAAUGGAAGCAGGUUAGAAUCUAGGAGAAAUGCACUAGUAUUAAUAAACUUUUUACAUUUGACACAUACUGUAUUACAAAGACAAUAUCCUUGCAAGAGCAUUAAUUGCUGGGCCAUAGGUGACUUCUGUCUAGUUUACUAAAGUAGCUAAUAAAACUUGUAUAGAGAGCCUUUUAUAGAUAAUGCUUACAUGUAUGACAAUGUAUGACACCCUUGUACUAUGGCUUGCACUUUACUUGCAUUAAACUGUGAAGUAGGCUGUAGUAAUGUCUUUGUAUAUUCAGGGGUUGAAAUACCAAAGCACUAGAGUAUUGUACUGCUGGUGUUCAACCUGUACUGUUAAUUCAAUCUGAACGUGCUGAUAAACGUGUACUUUGAAAACCCCACGAACUUCAGAUCUUUAGCAAAUAAUGCUAUGGGGUCUCCAUGGUCUUUGUUUCUUUGUAAAUAUAAACAUUCUUACUGUUUCUGUAGCAAUAGGAGGUUAUAAACCAAACUUUCAAUAGGACUGUUUUCAAUAACAAAAAGAAAUCUAUAGCGCCUUGUAUAAAACUCAUGGAGACUCCAUGACCUGUGGGCAUUUUUUGUUUACAAGCAGUAUGUAUAUAAGUAUUAGCGGCAGAACUGUUAUUUAUCACCAAGUUAUGUUGUGGUUGAUUCUUUCUAAAGUAAAUAUGUGUUUUAUGUCAUUAUGAAAAAUAAGUAUUUUUAGUAAGAGCCAUCUUGAAAUGUUUGAAGCGUCAAAGCUUCAAAUACUCGGAAUCUUCCAUGUUUCAGCCUUGUUUUUCCAAACAACUGUGAGAUGAACUGAGAGGUCACGGUGAACCAUCUGUCCACGCCAGGGAAGGUGUCUGAGUUGUAUCACAGUUUGUGACAUCCUCCAACUUUUCUCUAAUUACCAUCUUGCUUAAGCGCUUUCAUGAGCAGAUGCUCUACCGACACCAUAGUAAAUCCUUCAGCUCACUGUAACAGAGAGAGAAAACUGCUCUAACUGGAAGCAUACAGGUUAGGCUGGGUUUCAACCCCUGGAUAAUACAGUAUUCUUCGGUUUCACAACAGUAUUUUUAAUUUUCUACUUGUCUAUGUUGAGAGAUGACCCAAUAGUUUCUAUAGGCAGUGAACGUUAGGUUUCUUUUUUUCCUCUUCUCAGAUGACUUCUGUGUGAACUACUGUAACCGGCUGCGUUUUUCUAUCACAGAUGAACUUGUUAACUUUUUGUGUGUCUACAAUGAAAACUUAUGAAUGGAAAACUUCACUGUGUGUUGCUCACUGGGCAGAUACCUCAUGGUACAUUGCACAGACGUGUAAGUUGUAAGUUGCACUGCAACAUUAAAAAAAGGAACAUAUUGCUCUUUUUUCAAAGAUAUUAACUUAUUUAAGAGAUAUAGUCUGUACAUUAUUAAACAGAACAUUUAUUCUUCCUAAAUUCAAAUGAAGCUUUUGUUUUGGGGGGAGAAAAAAAAAAAGUUGUAAACUUCAGUUGUAAAUUUGGACUUCAAUAAACGGAAUUAUCUGCACUUCAA